AUGCUUUUCCCGAGGGCUCUAGCUCUUCUGCCUGCCACUGCCUUGGUGCUGGUUGAGGCAGAAUGCCACUCGAGGUGCGAGGCUUUUGGGGACACACUGUCGAUUCCCAACGUCUCCUUUGUAUCCAGUGCGCACUACACCAACGGCGGAAACAUCACCCUUGAUGGUGUAGUUCAAAGCUGUGCCUGGGGCGGUGGCGUCGGGGUCCGAUGGACCGAGGCCACCGGCGACCUCUGCCGGGUCGUUGUCAACGUCACCACCUCCCCCACAAGCGAAGUCCUCGUCGAAGCUUGGCUCCCUGACACCUGGACAGGCCGGUUCCUGGCGACUGGCACCGGUGGACUGGGCGGCUGCGUCGACUAUUACGCCUUGCAGAACGGCGUCAGCUCUGGUUUCGCCACGCUGGGGACCAAUGCUGGCCACAAUGGGUCAGCGGGCUUCGACUUUUUCUUGAACCAGCCCGAGACCAUCAACGACUUUGGCCACCGCGCCAUCCACGUCGAGGCCGAGGUUGGAAAGGAGCUGUUGGCGCAGUAUUAUGGCAGCGCGCCUCGCUACAGCUACUACGCGGGCUGCAGCACCGGCGGCCGCCAGGGGUUCAUGAACGCCCUCAUGUACCCGUCAGACUUUGACGGCGUCGUCACCGGCGCCGCCGCGGUCAGCUGGCUCAACAUCGUCGCGUCCAAGGCCGUGCUCGCCCAGCGGCUCGGGUGGCCGGACCUGAGUGAUGCGCGCUACGUCCCGCCGUCCUCUUGGCGCGCCAUCGAGGCGGCCAUGGUCAAGCACCUAGAUCCUCUGGACGGGGUGACGGACGGGGUCAUCGACAACCCGCACGCCCAAUCCUUCAACUUCUCCCUUCUCCGCUGCGGGCCGGACAGCCUCCUCGACCAGAACACGUGCCUGACGGGCGCGCAAGCGGCCGCCGUCGCCCACGUGUACGAGCCCGUCGUCUCGCCCGCCUCGGGGCUCGAGGUCCUCCCCGGCUUCGACCUGGGCGCCAACACAAACGUCUUCUCGGCCAACCAGAGCCCGCGCCCCGGCGCGGCGGGGCUGGCGUACCGGGUGCUCGACGACUACUGGCGCGGCGCCGUCUACAACACCUCGGCCUGGGACUCGCGCGACUUUAACCUGACCCAGAUGGACUUUGCCGCCCACGUGAACCCGGGCAGGAUCAACUUUGGCGGCGGGCCCUACGAGGGCAGCCACGACCUGUCGGCGUACAAGGCGCGCGGCGGCAAGCUGCUGGCGUACCACGGGCGCAUGGACGAGACGGUCACGAGCGCCAUCGCCACGCGGACCUUUGACGGCGUCGCCGACGCCACGGGCUCUUCUGCAGAGGAGAUGCUCGACUUCUACCGGCUGUUCGCCAUCCCCGGCCACAGCCACUGCACGGGCGGCACGGGCGCCUGGGCCAUGGGCCAGCCGACCGCGAAGCAGAGCUACUUGAGUUUUGCAGGCACGGGCAGGUUCGCCGACGCCGAGCACAGCAUCUUGAUGGCCAUGGUGCGCUGGGUCGAGGACGGCGUGGCGCCCGCGUGGUUGGUAGGCACCAAGUUUGCGGGCAACGACUUGGUGAAUGGGCAGGUGUUGGCGCAAAGGAAACACUGCCCUUGGCCAGCGCUUUCGAGAUGGGACGGGAUUGGGGACAGUAACAAAGCGGAAAGCUGGCGAUGCGAGACGCCAGAUCAGUGA